GUGUGAUCGAUGAGGUAACUACAAACAUGGCCGCGCUUGGUGCAGCGCGGUGCCUAUUUAGGAGCUAUUCUUGGGUCAAAAAUGUCGAUCAAAACACACGAAUACUUGUCAGAUUUAGCAGAAGGAUGCUGUGCAGUGCACCGUCUGACAACAGUAAGUCGUUUAUUUACAAUUUGUCGCCACACUGAGAAACGGGAGCUCUACCACUGACCUUGUAGCAUGUGCAGCUAUUGUUAUCUAGCUGCCUAUGCGAAAAUGUAGCUAGCGUUCACUUUUCAGCAUCUGAAUCACUUGAAUGGUACUAGUAGCUAGCUGUUAUCCUUGAAGCUAUUUACACACGUUGACAAUAACGUACAUUUAUGCCGCGUUCAAAACUACGAUUUCCAAGUCGGGAACUCUGGCCUCUUUCUAGAGGUCCGACUUCCCCACCCGAAGAUCACUGACGUCAUGAUUUGACCUCGUUUUUUUACGAGUUCCCAGUGGUCUUGAAGGUCCCAUUAGCAUUUCUUAGCAUAAAGUACUGGUGGUUUCAAGACAACUGGGAACUCAGAAAAAAACGAGGUCAAAUCAUGACGUCAGUCAUCUUUGGGUCGGGAAGUCGGAAUUUUUGAAAGAUGCCAGAUUUUUCCGACUUGGAAAUCCUAGUUGGAUGACCGUUCAAAACGAUUUUCCCAGUCAGAGCUCGUUUUUUCCCGAAGUUCCCAGUUGUUUUGAAUGUGACAGCAAUCGGACUUGGAACGUCACAGACAUUGUAUCUGGCUACCAUGGCCCUAACUAGCUAACUUAAAGGAAACAUCCACCCAGAACUACUAAUUCCUAUGUUAGAACUAUUUUAUGCGAACAAAUGUUUCAUUUUGUCAUUAUAAUAAGGUUGGUAGCAACGUGACAAUCUUUGUGGAAAUCUGUUACAGCUCAAGUUGACUACACAACCCACAAUGCAACGCUCUCUCCAUCGGCUCUAGCCAGCCAGCAAGCAAACGUAAAGUCAACAAAAAAAGAAACGUCCCUUUUUUAGGACCUUGUCUUUCAAAGAUAAUUCGUAGAGAUCGAAAUAACUUCACAGAUCUUCAUUGUAAAGGGUUUAAACACUGUUUCCCAUGCUUGUUCAAUGAACCAUAAACAAUUAAUGAACAUGCACCUGUGGAACGGUCAUUAAGACACUAACAGCUUACAGACGGUAGGCAAUUAAGGUCACAGUUAUGAAAACUUAGGACACUAAAGAGGCCUUUCUACUGACUGAAAAACACCAAAAGAAAGAUGCCCAGGGUCCCUGCUCAUCUGCGUGAACGUGCCUUAGGCAUGCUGCAAGGAGGCAUGAGGACUGCAGAUGUGGCCAGGGCAAUACAUUGAAAUGUCCGUACUGUGAGACCCGUAAGACAGCGCUACAGGGAGACAGGACGGACAGCUGAUCGUCCUCGCAGUGGCAGACCACGUGUAACAACACCUGCACAGGAUCGGUACAUCCGAACAUCACACCUGCGGGACAGGUACAGGAUGGCAACAAUAACUGCCCGAGUUACACCAGGAACGCACAAUCCCUCCAUCAGUGCUCUGACUGUCCGCAAUAGGCUGAGAGAGGCUGGACUGAGGGCUUGUAGGCCUGUUGUAAGGCAGGUCCUCACCAGACAUCACCGGCAACAACGUCACCUAUGGGCACAAAUCCACCGUCGCUGGACCAGACAGGACUGGCAAAAAGUGCUCUUCACUGACGAGUUGCAGUUUUGUCUCACCAGGGGUGAUGGUCGGAUUCGCGUUUAUCGUUGAAGGAAUGAGCGUUACACCAAGGCCUGUACUCUGAAGCGGAAUCGAUUUGGAGGUGGAGGGUCCGUCAUGGUCUGGGGCGGUGUGUCACAGCAUCAUCGGACUGAGCUUGUUGUCAUUGCAGGCAAUCUCAACGCUGUGCGUUACAGGGAAGACAUUUUCCUCCCUCAUGUGGUACCCUUCCUGCAGGCUCAUCCUGACAUGACCCUCCAGCAUGACAAUGCCACCAGCCAUACUGCUCGUUCUGAGCAUGAUUUCCUGCAAAACAGGAAUGUCAGUGAUCUGCCAUGGCCAGCGAAGAGCCCGGAUCUCAAUCCCAUUGAGCACGUCUAGGACCUGUUGGAUCGGAGGGUGAGGGCUAGGGCCAUUCCCCCCCCAGAAAUGUCCAGGAACUUGCAGGUGCCUUGGUGGAAGAGUGGGGUAACAUCUCACAGCAAGAACUGGCAAAUCUGGUGCAGUCCAUGAGGAGGAGAUGCACUGCAGUACCUAAUGCAGCUGGUGGCCACACCAGAUACUGACUGUUACUUUUGAUUUUGACCCCCCCCCCUUUGUUCAGGGACACAUUAUUCAAUUUCUGUUAGUCAUAUGUCUGUGGAACUUGUUCAGUUCAUGUCUGUUGUUGAAUCUUGUUAUGUUCAUACAAAUAUUUAAAGUUUUCUGAAAAUAAACGCAGUUGACCAUGAGAGGACGUCUCUUUUUUUGCUGAGUUUAGUUACACACAAUUAUACCAAAAUCAAUAUCAGCAUGUGGAGUAGCUAGUUACCUGUAAAAUCACCUGAACAAACUGCACUAUCAAUUUAGGAGUCUACAAUCUCGCCAUGUUCAACCUUCAGAUCGAUGUGCCUCGCAGAGUGGAGUCUGACAUUCGCAACGGCAACAUGCAAUGCACCCCGGACUGAAGAGGCAGACAAAUAUGAGAAAUGUGGUGGACCCUCUGUUAAAUUACACAUUUCUCGAGGUAGGAAUAUCGCAACAAUAUGAUCAAUGGCUCAUUGGAGAGGAGACAACCUCCCGCGUUAUGACAUCGGCCAGUAUUGAAAUCUGACCUAUGAUAUACGUUUUUGCGAUCUAAAAGUCGUUUUCCUAUUAACUUCCAGUGUAGUGAGAGCGGCUUUAUCGCAAUGCUACAUCAUAAUGGACGGAUUUCUGGACAUAACCUGGCGGUGGGUCUGGGGGUCCUCCCUCAGGAUUGUUUUGGGCAUCUAAAGCUCAUUUCUACUAGGGCUGUCCCCGAAAAAAAAUAAAAAAUAAUCUUGGUCGACCAAGAGUAGUUUUUUCUUUCCACCAAUCGAUUGGUUGAAAUUUUAAAACGUGUAUUUUUCAACACUAUGUGUUUUAAUAAACGCAACUAAGCUAUAUAUACUGAACUUGUCUGAUGCUUUAAGCAGGCGGUUUGAUUAACUAAUUAAGACACACAAAUGUCUCGAGGGAGCCAGAGAUCAAGAUAGAGUAGGGCGGCAGAUGUUGGGGGCGUAGUAUGAGGGAUCGGAGGGUGAAGGAAGCGAGAUGGUGGUUGGAAGAGCGCGCUUGUUUGAAAUGGUAAAGUGUUGCGGUAGGAUAAAGAGGAGUCUGUGACAGUAGUAAUGACGUUUUGGGAAAUAGUGGACCCUUGCCUUUUGGCUGAUCCAUUUGUGGUUUCAGGGUGGGUGAAAGCAGUUGGGUGCUUUGGAAUCCGUUAGGGUAACCAGAAGUGGUCUAGUGAUAAUUGUUUGUUUCUGCUGGGCAGAGGGAGCAGGCACUCUGCAUUCAAGAAAAGGGCGCCAUUGAAAGAAGUGAUUACUGGGGUAGCGGUAAAUGUAAAAGUUGACCAACUGAAGGGGAAGAUUCCCGGUGUUUGUGGUGCUUGUCAUUUGGUGCGAUGCAGACAGGUGGCGUGAGUGGUGAAAUAGAAGCGUCGUUGUCUGUUCUUUGAGUUUUGUUGAGUCUUUGCCCGACAAAGUGAUGUUAGGAUAUAUAAGUUAUCCUGUACGAGCUUUUGUGCCGAAUACAUUACGUUGUUACAGGUGUCAAGCUUAUGGGCAUGUGGCAGCAGUGUGUAGGAGGGAGGUUCCUAGGUAUGAGAAGUGUGCAGAAGGGCAUGAGACAAAGGAAUUUGUGGAAAGUAAUGGUAUGUGUUAAUUGUAGGGGUGCCCAUGGGGCUGGGGAUCAGAAAUGUCCCGUGCGAGAGAGGCAGGUUGAGGUUUCCAGGGUUAAAGUAGUGCAGAAGUUGUCAUAUGUUGAGGCAGUGAAGAAAGUAGAGGAAGAUGGGUCAAAGGGGAGGGAUCCUGAGAGGAGUGGUGUGAGUAGUAGAUCUGUACCAGUACAGAGGGAUAAACCAACAAGUGAUAUACUGUAUGUUUCAGUAAGAUUGGAUUUUUAGCAUUUAUAGCAAUGGUUAUCAACUGUACUGCAGGGAUGGAACAUAAGUCGCAGAAAAUUGAGGUUGUGGUGGCAGCUUCAGAGAGGUAUUUGGGUUUGCGAGACUUGACAUCAGAAGAGUUACAGGGUGUGUUAAGUGGUGGUGUCCCAUCCUUUCAGGCUGUUGGUCUGAAGUAGGACUACAUUUAUUUAAUUAGUGGAGUAGGGUGGUGUUUACUUUUUUUGUGAGUAUAGUGUUAGAUGGUAGGGUAUUUUUUAUUUUAUUUUUUCAAGCAAAGUAUAAGGGAGUUGUACUCCAGUCUAGUAGGUGGCGGUAAUGGAACAUUUAUUGGAUGCCAACUGCCGUUAAACCUCAUCGAAGAAGAGCUCAAGAUAGCCGAACCAGAAGAAAAAAAACCUGUUCCCGACCCUCCUACUGCUGCUGGCCUUGGCAGAUUCUGCCAUUAUGCUCCUGAAGUUGCCUGUAAUAGGCUACACCUUUUCCUUUUGGAGUGCCAAUUUAUCCUACCAUUUCUAAUGAUCUGCAUGCCAGUUAGGAUUUUCAUAUGCACAUUUUUGUAGAACAGUUUCAUUUAAAGUAUAAUAGUCUUUGUAUCUCAAAGUCAUUGUCUGUGGUUAAUCUACAUUCUAUCUAAAUGAAAAUUAUAUAAAAGUAACAUAUUGCCUACAAUGUAAAAAUAGACUACAUAAAGCCAACACAUAAAAACAUUGCUCAACUUGAACUUGAAAUAUUGUAUCAACUGGGUCGCUCAAAAUUCACUCUAGCAAACUUGAAACAUUGUAUAAAAUGUGUCAGUCCCGAGGCCAGUGACCUCAGGACUGACACGGCUGUAGGCUAUUUGUGCAAGGGUUAAGAAGUAAUCAGGCAUUCUAUGACGUUUCCACUGGAUCAGAGCGUUAUAUUUAGCCUUUAAUGUCGAGUGGUUAAUGAAAGGGAGAGAGCUGGAAAUAUUGUUAAAAUACUUUUGAGGAACUAUUGUCACUCUCAUUUGAUUCUAAAAACAGGUUUAGUUUACUUGCUGUUUGAGGUGAAGAAAAAUUACCUUGAAGUUCCACAGGUCAUUAGUGGUGGUGAGUUAAGACAAUCAGAAAUACUAUCAAACAUCCCCAAAUGGGCACAUUUGUAGGCCUACAUUUGCGCGCUGGCCAUGUAGACUAGUCCUACGUCUAUAUGCAUAAUCAGGUGCGCGUCCUUACUCAACAUUGACAGGAGCUUUUCAAACAAAAGACGAUUAAUAAAUUAACAAAAUUCAUAAAUGGAAUGAAAUAAACAAAAAUUGUUUUCUCACAAGUGUAGCAUGUCCACUCCGACAAUUAGAAAUGUAAAUGACUUAUUAUAAUAAUAAUUAAUAAUAAUAAUAAUAAUACAAAUAAUAAUAAUACAGGGCCUACAAUUAACACCUGCCAUAUGCGGGUAGAUUUUGGCAUUGCCGGGUAAGAUGUACAUUUCACCAGCCACGUUGAAGGGUGGUCAGGGCUCCACAGUGCGAGCAUUUGGAAAUAAAAAGACAAGUAUGAUCACAUUUAUAGCAAAGUAAAUGCAGCGGUAGCUGUUUUCAAAGUAUUUCUGCCGUUUUUUUGUUUCAUAGCUGGUAAAUUAAUCGCACAAAGUCAAAGCACUACAAAUCCUAUAGCCUAUCCCACCUCGAGUUGCAACACUGCCUGGCUAGAGCCUGUGCGCACGUGAAGAGCUGAGUGAAAUAUUCAUUUUUAGAUUGGCAGUGCACAGGCAUAACAGUUGGUCUAAUUUACUUGAAACGAAAGUCUACUGAAGUGAGACUUUGUACUUGUGUUCCUUGGCUAAUUACAUUGUUUUGUUUACAAGCUAGGUUGUUUUUCAAUGUUUCAGUUUCAACUUCUAGGGAAGAGAAGACAACGCAGCUAUUAGUCACUCAAUCUCACAGGUUCUUGAGUCGCGUUACCACGGUAACUUCCCACCCUUAAAGGGGCAGGUGAACAUUUCUGUCUCUUUUGUGAUAUUUUGGUUAAAAGGCUCAGGUCACCAAAAAUCUGAAAUUAAACAAUAUACCACAUUAUGUCUUACUAGUAAUACAUGUAUUGGUUUAGAAACAAGUCCCAUGUAGCUCAGUUGGUAGAGCAUGGUGCUUGCAACACCAGGGUACGAAAAAAGUAUGAAAAUGUAUGCACUCACUAUGCAGAGAUCAUCCAUUCACCUACUCUGCGUCUCACAAAGACACGGCGGUUGGAACCAAAAAUCUCAAAUUUGGACUCAUCAGACCAAAGGACAGAUUUCCACUGGUCUAAUGUCCAUUGUUCGGGUUUCUUGGCCCAAGCAAGUCUCUUCUUCUUAUUGGUGUCCUUUAGUAGUGGUUUCUUUGCAGCAAUUCGACCAUGAAGGCCUGAUUCACGCAGUCUCCUCUGAACAGUUGAUGUUGAGAUGUGUCUGUUACUUGAACUCUGAAGCAUUUAUUUGGGCUGCAAUCUGAGGUGCAGUUAACUCUAAUGAAUUUAUCCUCUGCAGCAGAGGGAACUCUGGUUCUUCCUUUCCUGUGGCGGUCCUCAUGAGAGCCAGUUUCAUCAUAGCGCUUGAUGGUUUUCCGACUGCACUUGAAGAAACUUUCAAAGUUCUUGACAUUUUCCGGAUUGACUGACCUUCAUGUCUUAAAGUAAUGAUGGACUAUCAUUUCUCUUUGCUUAUUUGAGCUGUUCUUACCAUAAUCUGAACUUGGUCUUUUACCAAAUAGGGCUAUCUUCUGUAUACUACCCCUACCUUGUCACAACACAACUGAUUGGCUCAAACGCAUUAAGAAGGAAAGAAAUUCCACAAAUUAACUUUUAACAAGGCACACCUGUUAAUUGAAAUGCAUUCCAGGUGAUUACCCCAUGAAGCUGGUUGAGAGAAUGCCAAGAGUGUGCAAAACUGUCAUCAAGGCAAGUGGUGGCUAUUUGAAGAAUCUCAAAUAUAAAAUAUAUUUUGAUUUGUUAACUUUUUUGGUUACUACAUGAUUCCAUAUUUGCUAUUUCAUAGUUUUGAUGGCUUCACUAUUAUUCUAUAAUGUAGAAAAUAGUAAAAAUAAAGAAAAACCCUGGAAUGAAUGAGUAGGUGUGUCUAAACUUUUGACUGAUACUGUAUCUAUCUUCAUCCUCACUCUCGUCAAGUUUGAUUUCUGAUCUUUAAGUACCAUUUUAAGAUUCUUUGGAGAACAUGUAACAAUGAUGUAACAAUCAUUCCAGGAGUUGAAGAUAAGUGCAAUUAUGAAAAGUAUCUAGAAGGCUUGUAUUCAGGAGAGGAAGGUUUGUACAUACAAUCUUUGGUUUGUACUUGGCGCCAUUCUUCCUGUUUUGCGACAUCAGUGAGAUCACUUCCUGUGUCAAUAUGCGCAGUGUGACUAACUCUGAUGCAGGGCGUACUUGCAGAUCCGAGACCAGAGCUAGCUUAAUCCAUCUCUGAAGUCAUUCAUUUGUUUCUAGGUUCUCCAGAUGCCAAUGUGAAGCCCCAGUUUAUGGAUGCAGAGGUGCAGGACAUCCUAACCCGAAUCACAGGCUUGGACCUGGAGAAGGUGUUCAGACCCAUCAAACAGGAGCUGAAGCCGCCCACAUACAAACUUAUGACCGAUGCACAGCUGAAGGCGGUAUGGACACACACACACACAGCAGGGCAGAUAGUUUGUCUGUCAUGCAGAGUAGGGAAUGGGUCUACAACAUCUGCUGCAACAUUCUGAACAUUUCAGUUGGCAGAUUAUGUCUCUGUACAGCUAGUGUCAGUCUUGUUAAUGUGUCAGUGUUUGUGUUGUAGGCGACCCAGAGUGCCAGGGAGCAGGCCCAGAGGCUGCUGAAGAUGCCUCCAGUGCUGCCGGAGAGGAAGCCCAUCAACGAUGUCCUGUCUGAGGACAAGAUCCUGGAGGGCAUGGACACAGCCAAAUACGUCUUCACUGACAUCACCUUCAACAUACCGCACAGGGUAGGAGAGAGAGGAAGAGAGUGUGUUUGUUUGUGUCCACUAACGUUACAUUCAACAUACAGUACACCACAGGCAAAGUGUGUAAUGGUUUGUGUCCAUCAACAUAAAUAUUGGUUAUCAUUUACAAUUAGUGCUCUUUUUUGUCUUCUCACUCAAAUUUUGUUCUCUCUUCCAUGGUUGUCUCCUGGUGUUUCCAGGAGCGGUUCAUAGUGAUCCGGGAACCCACUGGGACACUGAGGAAGGCAUCGUGGGAGGAGAGAGACAGGAUCCUGCAGGUCUACUUCCCUAAAGGGGGCCGCAGGCUCACAGCACCCCCUGUCUUCAAGGAGGAGAACCUGAAGGUGGUGUUUGGCCAGGAUCGUCAUGAGGAUGUGUUGGAUCUGUGCCAGGUCCAGUUUGAACCUGACUCCUCAGAAUACAUCAGGGUAAAAGACCACUGCCUUCACACUCAACAGGCUGUCCAGAUGUAUUGUUCAGUUAUUAUUACCCAUUAACAGUUAGUAAAACCCUCUUCCUAUUGGCUGUGCUCUGUUGUCCAGGUGCAUGCAGCCACCUAUGAGAAUCUAGAGAAGAUGGGGAAGUAUGGUCUGCUGCGCUCCACCAGACAUUUUGGUGGCCUGGUCUGGUACCUGGUCAAUGCCAGGAGGGUGGACGGACUCAUCAUAGACAUGCUGCAGAAAGACCUGUGAGUGUCCGUGUAUGUUAGAGCAGUGGCUCCCAACCUUUUUCGGUUACUGUACCACCUACUGAAUUUUGCUCUGCCCGGAGUACCCCUGAAGUACCCCCUCAUGUGCAUUUUACUUGUUAGACUAUGGUCUCAUGAAUCUUCUCAAGUACCCCCAGGGGUCCUAGUACCCCUGGUUGGGAACCACUGUGUUAGAGGCUUGUUUUUCUCCAACUUUAUUGAAACUGACACCCCAUGCCAUCUGUUUAUGACUCCAAAUGCCAUAUUAUAACAGUGUUACAUUGUGACAACAAGUAAUGAUUUAACACCAUAACUGUCAUUGUUAGCCCAGAGUAUCCACACUAACACUGGCUUUAUUGUUCUGGUUGUUCUAGGUUGCAGGAUGCAGUGAGUCUGGUGGGUCUGUUCAACAAGGUCCAUCCACACAGUGAGAUAGCCCAGGAGGCCUCCAGCCAACAGGCCUCUGGACUGGACCUGCUCAAGGUGGGGCCCAAUCAGCAGACACUAGUGCAUCUCAGGACCUGAUUGAUAGGUUGAUGCACCAGUCACCAUAUUGGUAGCCAUGAUACCCAGUAAACCCUUUGUUUAACCUCUGUGUGUCUGUUCCCCACCAGAUCUACGCCAAGCGGGAGUCCCAGAGGGCAGGAUACAUAGAGCUGGCCCUGCAGGCCUACGAACAGACCUCCGCAGAGAGCGCCGUCUGACCGUCCCAUGCAUCACCAUACCUAACCACUGGAGAGCUCUGUCACAUCACAGCAGAGCUCAGUCUGACCGUCCCAUACACCUCACACCCACAACAACAAACCAAUGGAGCUGUGACAUUAUCCCCAAUGGCCUGCCUAUCCAUGACCCAAACUUUCAUCAACUGGACAAUUACAGUAAACAAAGAGAAUAACUUUGUCCUUCAACUAUGGAGCUCAUAUGAACCACUUGCAAGCCAAGUGUCCAUUGGAAUGAAUGGCAUCAAAAUGUGCACAUAAUUGGGGUGCACCAAGCUUCAGUCUAUCAUUUGGUGGAAGGGCACACGACGCAGUGCAGAUAUUCACUUCUGCAUUUCAACCUUGUCAUUUGUCCAUAACCUUAAUCAUACUGUAUAUCAACAUUGGAACUGACUGUAAGCUUUUUAAUGAUCAUGAUUUAUGUACAUACAAAAUAAAAAUGUGUUUAUAUACUUUCUCUCAUUUAUUGAAUCUGAAUUAUUCCUAUGGCCUGAUUCAGACAAACACUUGUCAUCUUUACUGAGUUGAUAACAUUUCAAUCCCUUUUCUAGACCAGUACAUAAGGCACUUGGGUUCACAUCUGUAACAGCGAAGUAGGUUCCUUAUAAAAACAGCAGAGGCAUAAAGCACUAGACCGGGACUGCCCAACCCUGUUCCUGGAGAGCUACUGUCUUGUAGGUUUUUGCUCCAACCCUAAUCUAGCACAUCUGAUUCUAAUAAUUAGCAGGUUGAUAAGAUGAAUCAGGUUAUUAACACCUGGGGUUGGAACGAAAACCUCCAGGAGAGUAGCUCUCCAGGAACAGGG